UUAAAGAAAUCAAGCUGGCUCAGUCGGUGCAGGCUCAAAGCGCGUUGACAGCAGCUCUCCAGCCGCUGUGGAAGAGCGUUUCGGGAAAGCGCAUGGCAUCCGAGCUGGCACUGAGUUCCACCGAGCUGCCAACUAGUCCCCUCGCCAUGGAGUACGUCAACGACUUCGAUCUGAUGAAGUUUGAGGUGAAGAAGGAGCCUGCGGAAAGCGAGCGCCUCGGCUUGGCCCAGUGUGGGCGUCUGCUCGCUGGAGGAUCCUUGUCUUCUACACCGAUGAGCACGCCUUGCAGCUCGGUGCCACCUUCACCAAGCUUCUCAGCCCCGAGUCCUGGAUCAGGAGGAGAACCCAAAGCACACUUGGAUGACUUUUACUGGAUGGGGGGCUACGCGCAACAGCAACAACAACAACAGCAGCAACAGCAGCAGCAACAUCAGCAGCAGCAGCAGCAACCGAUCAACCCCGAAGCGCUCGCGUUUGGCACCGACGACGCAAUGGAGGCGCUGAUCAGCAGCGCGCACCAGCUGCACGCCUUCGAUAACUACGCGCGCUCGCAGCAGUUCCAAGCGUCCAGCCCUACAGACGAGGUCGGACCCGCGGCCGCCGUGGUGUCCGCCGUGAUCGCGGCAGCGGCCGCACAGAACGCGCCUCACCACCACCAUCACCACCAUCAUCACAGCAGCUCCGGGCAUCCAUCCGGCGUGCCGUCCAGCGUGAGCACCAAUCAUCACCAUCACCAUCAGCACCAACACCAGAGUCAGAACCAGAGUCAGCACGUGCACGGUCACGGGCACGCGGACGACCGCUUCUCGGACGACCAACUGGUCAGCAUGUCUGUGCGCGAGCUGAACCGGCAGCUCCGAGGCGUCGGUAAGGAAGAUGUGAUCCGGCUGAAGCAGAAGCGGCGCACGCUGAAGAACCGCGGCUACGCGCAAUCGUGCCGCUACAAGCGCGUGCAGCAGCGCCACGUGCUCGAGGGCGAGAAGACGCAUCUGCUGCAGCAGGUCGAGCAUUUGAAGCAGGAGAUCGCGCGCCUGAUGCGCGAGCGCGACGCCUACAAGGAGAAGUACGAGAAGCUGGUGGGCAGCGGAUUCCGCGAGAACGGUUCGAGCAGCGACAACAACCCGUCUUCCCCAGAGUUUUUCAUGUCUUCCAGAAAGUUUCUUCACCUGUGACUGUGACUCUUCCACCCCUGGCCUUGAGGAC